AUGGCCAAGCGCCCGCUGCUGUUGCUGCUGACCAUGUGGGUGCUGGCUGGGGAGCUAUGGCUGAGGGCUGAGGCCCGGGCAUCGCCCUACGGAGUGAAGCUUUGCGGCCGGGAAUUCAUCCGGGCAGUCAUCUUCACCUGCGGGGGCUCCCGGUGGAGACGGUCGGACAUCCUGGCUCCUGAAGCUACGGGUGACCCCUUCCCAGAUGCAGACUCGGACCCAGACAGUGAGCUGGAUGAGUCAGUAGCCUCCAGCGAGUGGUUGGCCCUGACCAAGUACCCCUGGGCUUUCUAUGGGAGCCGACCCGGCUGGCAGGGGACUCCGGGGGCUCUGCGUGGUGGCCGUGAUGUCGUGGCAGGCCUCUCCAGCAACUGCUGCAAGUGGGGGUGCAGUAAGAGUGAAAUCAGCAGCCUCUGCUAG